AUGGGAGUCGUGAACGUCGAGUAUGCCAUCCUCUUCGGAGUGCCGCUCACCCGCCGCGCUCCACUGCUCGUCGACGCUGUUCGCCUGGCGGAGAAUCGCUCGCAGCACCGGCGCAUCUUCGGCCGUCGUCGUCGUCGUCGCCGUGGACGCCGCAGCCGUCGUCGUCAUCGCCGUGGCCGGGGCAACCGCGCACAGCGCCUCAUCGCCUCCAGCGUCGCCCAGGCUUCUGGAACUGCUCCGGCACCACCAGCGCCGUCCGCACCACCAACUCCACCGGCUACGCCCGUCCGCCUGCCGUCGCCGACUCCUGGGUCCUUCACCCUGGCGGCCGGACCAAGGGAGGGCCCUGCGCCGUACACCUUCCAGGAGGCCGGCUUCAACGCCACCGGAUCUGGCACCACCGCGGCUCCAGCAGCCUUCCCGGCGACAAUCCUGGCGGAUCUGGCACCAGAAACUCCUCCACCAGUCUGGGAGCGUCGCGUUCGUGGCCGGAGCACCACCACCGCGGACUACAGUCCCGGCCUCCGUCCCGGCUCCAGGACUUCAACUUUCCAGAGGCUCUCCAACGGCAUCCUCCCCUGCGGCUUCAAUGGCCAGCCUGGUCCCUCCGGCGCGGGGGGCUACUCGCCCAAAGCAGCAGCAGUAAGGGAGCGGCGGCGCUCAGUGGACUGGAUGGAUAUGUUCUGA